UCUUCCUCCAAUGGUUCCUAUCGUACCUUCUGAGGGGGAGGAACUACGGGGCAACAGAAAACACAUUCAACAGGUCUGGUCUUGUCUCCUUUGGAAACCCCACAAGCAUAUACACGAGCAGAAGAUGGAGGGGUUGGGUGAGAAAUAGAGAGAGAGAGAGACAGAGAGAGAGAGAGAGCCUGUUGCUAUAGUAACCUGAGCAGCAUUGGUGCCAGUGGUGUAGAGGCUAAUUCUGGGCUGGGCUAAACCUGCAGAGAGAAACAGAGAGAGAGAGAGAGAGAGAGAGAGAGAGAGAGAGAGAGAGAGAGAGAGAGAGAGGAGGAACUGACCCCAGCCAUCCCAUAAUGCACCGCACGACAUGCUACUUACCCGCCUUGAGUCGAUUUUGCUGUCCCCAGGCUGCUCGCAGUUUCGUUGACGUCUGAGGUGGACAAGCGGAGAGGCGUAUAGGAGGGAAAAGUGCGAGACUCAAAAGACAAGCAGGUCGGUACUGACUGAUGUGCCUUUGACAUCCGCUGCUGCUUGGACCGCUUGAAAGGGAAAAGUCCCGCCCCUUUUACCUCCCAGCUUCCGCCUGCUGCUUCCGUGCCAACCGAGACGAACGAGGACGGCUUAGGCCACACAACUCACUCUACCUGGUCGCCAUAGCAACGCCCUUCGCGCCCCCCUCCCCUUCCUCCUUCUGAAUGCUCCUCAUGCUGCUCCUUGCACCUCUUCACAAGUCUGUUUCAUAAAGGAGAUUCGGCGGGCGGGACAAGACUUUCUCUCUCUCUCUCUGUGUGCGUGUGUGUGAGUGUGUGCGUGUGUGUGUGUGCAUGUGUGUGUGUGGGUGAGAGGCGACUGCUACACUGCCUCUCUCCACCACCACCCCCUCCCCACCCCACCUUUUUUUGUCCCCUCAACCGUAAUCAAUAAUGAGUUUCACCAUCCGUCUGACUGGACGGUUCAGCUGAGGAGAAAGUGAGUGGGAGAGAGACAUAGACGAACAGAGAGAGAGAGAGAAAGAGGUCUCCAAACUAGGAGGCCAAAAAUGGGCCUCUGAUAGUGGGUGAAUUCCUGCCGGACCCCCCAUAAAACACAUCCACCGUCUCCUCUCUCUUUGUGAACUUUGUGCACCUUCACACAAACGCAAACAAGGCAAAAAAAAGACUUUCUCUCUUGCUGUUACCGCCGCAUUGCCUGGAUUUCCUCCCCAUUCACUCUCAACUCGGCCCGAAAUGGCGGUGAAUGUGACACCCAUCCGGGACACCAAAUGGCUGACGCUGGAGGUGUGCCGCGAGUUCCAGCGGGGCACCUGCUCCCGGCCCGACUCUGAAUGUAAAUUUGCCCAUCCCGCCAAGAGCUGUCAGGUGGAGAACGGGAGGGUCAUCGCCUGCUUCGAUUCCCUCAAAGGCCGCUGCUCCAGAGAGAACUGUAAGUACCUGCACCCUCCACCACACUUGAAGACGCAGCUGGAGAUCAAUGGCAGAAAUAACCUGAUCCAGCAGAAGAACAUGGCCAUGCUCGCACAGCAGAUGCAACUGGCCAACGCCAUGAUGCCUGGCACACAACUGCAGCCUGUGCCCAUGUUCUCCGUCACGCCUAGCCUGGCUACCAACGCCACGGCAGCGGCCGCAGCAGCGUUUAACCCGUAUCUGGGCCCAGUGUCUCCAGGCCUGGUGCCCACCGAGAUCCUCCCCAGCGCCCCUGUACUAGUGACCAGCAGUCCCAACGCCCCUGUGCCCGCUGCAGCUGCCGCCGCAGCCCAGAAGCUGAUGAGGACAGACCGACUGGAGGUGUGUCGGGAGUACCAGCGAGGGAACUGCACGCGAGGUGAAAACGACUGCCGCUUCGCCCACCCAGCCGACAGCACCAUGAUCGACACCAACGACAACACAGUGACCGUGUGCAUGGACUACAUCAAGGGCCGCUGCUCCCGCGAGAAGUGCAAGUACUUCCACCCGCCGGCGCACCUGCAGGCCAAGAUCAAAGCCGCCCAGCACCAGGUCAACCAGGCGGCGGCGGCCGCCGCCAUGACUCAGUCGGCUGUCAAAUCACUGAAGCGACCCCUCGAGGCAACCUUUGACCUGGGGAUACCACCAGUUUUGCCUCCAUUACCAAAGAGACCUGCACUUGAAAAAACCAACGGUGCCACCGCCAUGUUCAACACUGGCAUGUUCCAGUACCAACAGGCUCUCACCAACAUGCAGUUCCAUCAACAGGCAGCCUUCAUACCGUCAGGCUCAAUAUUGUGCAUGACACCUGCAGCGAGUGUUGUUCCCAUGAUGCACGGUGCUUCGCCAGCCACUGUGUCAGCAGCCACCACAUCUGCCACAAGUGUUCCCUUCGCAACAGCCACAGCCAAUCAGAUUCCAAUAAUAUCUGCAGAUCAUCUGACUAGUCACAAGUAUGUGACUCAGAUGUAGGAACAUUUCAAACAAUCACAUCGAAGUGUGCUUGUGUGCCGUCCAGAUUUAGGAACCACCCUUUAUACACCAAGCAGAGCAAAAGAAGAUAAAGAAAACCAUGCCACCAUUCCCCGGAAUGACGGAAAACACGCAUGCUUAACACCGUUAAGGAGAUUUGACAUAGUUCAGUCGGAGUCUUGAAAACUCUUCACUUUGGUAAUCCAGACGAGAAAACGAGAAAAAACAAAAAAACAAAAGAACAUCACUGUCUGCCUUUUUGUCUAUGGAUGGUAAAACAAAAGCAUGCCAGAACCAUUUCAGUGACGAGAAAAAGGUCGAUGUGUGGCGUCUCGUGUCAUGUCGGUACAUCAGAUGAGGAUUUUUUUUGGGCGAAGGGUGGGAUUUAUUAUUAUUUUUUUGUGUUUCUUUUAUGGUUUACAAACGAAGGUGCACCUUGUUUCGAAAUAACGUAAAAGGAACAAAAAAACGAAUGUCAUUAUUGAGACUAGAUGUUCUGCAUGCAGUGUUCCAUUUGUAAGCCGAUAUUUUCUAGAACUUGAUUGUAAUGAGGUGGUUUUUUUUGGAGGGGGGGAGGGUGGGGGGUUGACGAAGGACACCUGCAAAAUGACAACAAUGAAUGUUCUAGUUGUACGACACAGCAGUGUUCCUUUCUAAGCACAUUGAAGCUUCGACUCUUCAUGUUGCCGACUCCACAUCAAGUGCCAUAGACAGUACUUGCAUCCAAAAAAGAUUAGACUUGUUUCUAGGUUACGUGUGUGUAUUAUUAAUGCCUUUGAGUCUCUAAUGUGAUGUCUUAUUCUUUUUUUUUCUUUAUUUCUUUCUGGUUAUCGUUUCAGUAUUUUUGGUCGUCGAUGGUUUAGUGAUACUGAACGUUUGUUACUUGCCCUACCUCCUCCCCCAACAUCCGUACAAAAUAAUAGCCAAAAAACACUCAAAGGGGCUCACUUUAGCUUUUAAGCGCUAGCUUCUGUUUCUCGGCUUUUCUUUUCAUUUUGUCCCAUUCUAGGCCGAGCGCUUGAAUCGGACUGCGUCCUCUGUUAUGCAGAGUGGAGAAGUGGCGUUCAGAUGAGUAUCGGACUGCGGAGGGGAGCUAACGGAUGCUAACACCAUCCUACUGAGAUACCAAAUCAGCGUCAGUUACGGUGGGGCAAUGCGUUUGUUUAUUUUUCUAUUUUUUUAGUGAAUUUACCCCAUUUCUUGUUCUGGGCUGUUUUCUAGGUUAGUUUAGUCUGAAAUUUCCAUUGAACGGAAAAUGAAAAGUGGGGAGAAGAGAAGGAUUAGCUUUCCUUUCUUUCUUUUUGUAAAAAAAAAAAGAUGAUAGCUUUUGUUGCUGUUGUUGUUUUGUUUUUUUUUCUUUUUGUAUUUUAUAUUUUGUGAUCAGGGCUGUGGGUGUGUGUUUUUUUCUGCUCCGCUCGGCCCCGCGUGGGUGGACGAUGAGGGCUGAGGUCACUGCAGCCUCACGGAAAAGAGCCGGAUAAACAAUGCGCGCUACGGCGCGUGGGCGUUUCACAGGGCCGCUGAUGAGCGCUGUUCGGUAGUAAAGUACAUCCGGCGAGGGCAUGAUUUAAUGAUUGUAUUAUUCAACAGCAAACCGCCUUAGGCCACACGAGCUCGGCGCCGCACAGUACGCCAUUCAGACAUGUCCACGCUCAGCUGUUCCCGUUCAAUUACGGCCGUUAACUUUUAUCCGCCGUAUGCCCUCUUCGUAGUCGUUUGUUGAUUGUUUUGACUGCAUUAUUUCAUUUGUAUCCGUCGAAAAAGAAAAAGAAAAACAAAAAACAUAGGAAUGUCUUGUCACAUAACUAAGCUUGGAUACCGUUCGUCGAGUAAGAUUUACCGAUAACUUUUGUAGUACUAUUAGAAAUAAUUUUUUCCGUUUGUUAUUGUGUUCUUCAUACCAUACUCAGUUUUAAAACUUGUGUAGUGCUGAUUUGAGUAUUAGUAGUACAAUUGUAAAACUAAAUGAUUUUUAUUUUUAGUGAAAGGUAAGACUUUUUGUUUAUUAUUUUUCCUUUUUUUUCCUUGUUUUCAAACAUCUUUUAUAUGGAUAUAAGAGGAAAAUAGUUGCCAAGAGACAAACUGAGUUGCUGCUGUGGCAUCAACUACAUCUAAUAUUGGAAUAUUUUAAUGAUCUUCUGGUUUGUAAUUAGUCAUUCGAAUUAGAAAAAAAAAAACUAUAGUUCUUAGAUGUUAAAGUUGUUUUCUACUGUAUUCAUUUCAAAUAGUAACUAUUGUUUGAAUAUUUCCAAUCUCCCUGGAAGUCAGGCCUUGUUAAAGGAGAAAAAGAAAAAAAAAAUAAUAAAGAAAAGCUGCAUAUAUGAUCACUCAAUAGAGGGCGGCGUGAUUGGAGGAUCAGGUCAGGUGGGUGGGCAGUACGACAAGAAACGGGUAAUACCAAAAAGGAGCCCUUUCGGUAAUGCGCCACGCGGCAGGAAGGCGAGGGGAUGAAGGUUGACUUUUUUUGCACUUCUGUACAUAGUCGAAAAAGAAAGAAAUCGUGUAUAAUAUUGAGAUCUUAUUUUGAAUAAAAAUGUCUAUAAAUAUGAGGAAUUUUGUUAACGAUAUUAAAGAAAAAAGAAAAAAGUCAGGCUGAACAAAACUGCUUGCAAGUGACACAGGAUAAAAAAAAUACACUCGAAAAAGGCGAAAAAACCGUCGCUUUGCUUUUUUUGUCAGCGGCUUGUAGCUUGCCAGGAAAAUCUUCGGGUGGAGGCGACCCUUGCCCUCCGAGAGGAAGGUCCUACGGGAAAGGCCGUCUCCGUCACGGACCCCGCAAACGGGUCCGACAACACGAAAUACAAGUCUUGUUUCUUUUCCUUCAUCCACUGAGGAUUGCAUGUUAAAGGAAAUAACAUAUACCACAAGAAAACUUCACCGAGUAAUACUGAAUAAACAAAACAUGUUAUACAGCAAAACUUAUUUACAGUAUACAUUGUAAUAUUAAUGUAAUGGACUAAAAAAAAGUGCAAAAAACAAAAAGUGGGUUUCUUAAAGGUUAAAAAAAAUUCGUAAAAGAGUACACUCACUGAGGUCGGAGCUCUCGACGACGACGACAACAACAUCUACAAGUGUACGUCAUAGCUAUAAGUAAGUUUUUUCUUUUCAUAUGUUGUAUUUUAAGUAGAUGAUGGAUCAACAACCAAAUUCUUUGGCGCUCAGAAACACGGAUACCUGCUGUAUCACGUUCCGAGUCGCCAAACGGAUUCUGUGUUACCAAAGUUGAUUGUGCUUACGCAUUUCUUGCUCGUUUUUUGCGACUCGUCGCCGACGGCCACAGAGGGGAGGAGUCCUUCUUUUUCAUCGGCUACAGAUGCACAUUUGAGUUUAUAACACAUUGUAAUCUCCUUAUGGUUUGUUUCUGCUUGUAGUGAUAAAUAAUGUAUUCUGUCCUACGCUGCAAUUUGUUUCAGCUAAUUUUAUUAUUUAGUGCUUUCUGAAGACGAGAGAAAAAAUAAAAAAGGUUUUUGUAAUUUAGCCACAUCUAGUCAGCCUCCACUCUUGAUGGCCUGCGCUCGAACUACUGACACAACAGUCUUAAGCCAUAGACAGUUUAUGGAUUCACAAGCAUCUAACCUCAACAUGGGAAGGUAUGGAUGAACAUCAUUAGAGCACGUCUUCUGGCAAUUAAUCUAUAGGUCAAUCUCUCAAGACGACGCAGGUACAUUAUUGGAGCGCGACGCUACAUUACAAAGACCUUAAAAUGGCUUUUAAUGCUUGAUUUCAUUCUUGCUGUUAUGGAAAAAAAAAAUCUAAUGAAAAUAUAUAAAUGAACUUAAAUAAAAGUGGAUUUGCAAAACAAACU